GAGGCUGAUGGAGAACAGAGGGACCAGCAACUUGUAAGCAAACAUUUACACCGACAUAAAACAAAAAAGAUGCAACAAAAGCCCCCCGCGGAGGCAGACAAUGCUCAGGCCUGAAGUGAAGAAGUUUGUUGUUACUGUCACUGCGUAAGUGCACGAGCGCAACCAAGCGAAAAGCGCAUCAGAUGGAAACUAUUUGAAUUGACAGUCGACGCGGUGUUAGAAAAGGCAUUAAAUGUUCCGAAAAUAUAGAUUACCGUCCUGACAAAAUGACCCGUUUGCACUGCGGGCUUCACGCUUUCGGACAAAGAGCGUCUCCCAUUCACUUCUUCAUCGCGCUUCUGGUGGUCCUGGAAAACUGCAAAACUUUGGGAUUGGGAUUUUCACACGAACCAGAGAGAUUUCAGGAUGACUUCCCUUUGUAUGAGGUGGUUCACCCCACUAGAGUGGAUGCCAAGGGUCACUUCCUGUCCAAUUUCCUGUCUCACCAUGCUCGCCGUUUACAGCGCAGGGACGCAUCUGUGGAACCAGCAGAACUAGAUCGCAUAUUCUACCAGUUUUGGCAUGGCGGCCACUGCUUGCACUUCAACCUCACUCUUAAUCCUCACCUGCUGGCUCCGGGCUUCUUGACAGAGAGGAGGUUUGGCGGCCUGAAGGGGGCACAGAUCAAACCUGCUGGAUCCUCCCAGUGCCAUUUCUUGGGUGAAGUGUGGGGUGAGGCCACUGUGAAAGGAAGCGCAUCUAUAAGUACCUGUGAUGGAUUGACAGGACUCUUCAAAUUGACUGAUGAAGAGUUCUUUAUUCAGCCUCUGGAGACGUCAAGCGAUGAGUCAUCAGCACCACAGGCCCAUGCCAUCUACAAACGGCACGUAUCUCCUCCCUCCUGGAGUCCAGUCAUACAGCCCAUCUCAGGGAAACAAGCUUUCAACAGCACCUGUGGAAUUAAAGAUUACCAUCAAAGUUUUAAAGACAUUGAGAGACAGCGGGAGCGCUGGGAGCGCAGGCAGCUGAGGAGGAAGAGGAGGAGAAGAAUUCAUCAACGCUCUGUCAGCAAAGAGAAGUGGGUGGAAACGCUAGUGGUGGCUGACCCUAAAAUGGUGGACUAUCAUGGACACAAAGCUGUGGAAAACUAUAUCCUUGCUGUCAUGAAUAUUGUUGCAGGUCUCUACCGAGACGCCAGUAUUGGAAAUCCAAUCAACAUUGUGGUUGUUCGACUCAUCCUGCUGGAGAAGGAGGAGGAUGACUUAAAGAUCACACACCACGCUGACAACAGCUUGAACAGCUUCUGUAAGUGGCAAAAGAAACUAAACAUGAAAGGAGAUGAGCACCCGCUGCACCACGACGUCGCUGUUCUGCUCACGAGGAAGGACAUCUGCGCAACCAUCAACACACCUUGUGAAACGCUGGGUCUGUCCCACGUGGCGGGAAUAUGUCAGCCGCAUCGCAGUUGCAGUAUUAGUGAGGACACGGGCCUCCCUUUGGCUUUCACUGUAGCGCAUGAGCUGGGACACAAUUUUGGGAUUCAGCAUGAUGGCAACGGUAAUGACUGUGAACCCGUCGGGAAACGACCUUUCGUCAUGUCUCCACAGCUCCUGUACGGCACCUCCGUGCCCAGGUGGUCACGCUGCAGUCGCCAAUACAUCACCCGCUUCCUAGACCGUGGCUGGGGCUGGUGCCUUGAUGAUGCCCCGGGGAAGGAUAAGUUGUCUCUAUCUACGGUGCUUCCUGGUGUUCUGUACAGCGCCCUCCAUCAGUGUCGGCUACAGUACGGAUCUGCGUCCCUGCUCUGCGACGACAUGGAUAAUGUUUGCAGCACUCUGUGGUGCACUGUGGGAACGACCUGUCGCUCAAAGCUGGACGGGGCUGUGGAUGGAACGAGUUGCGGGGAGGACAAAUGGUGUUUCAGCGGGCAGUGCGUAGCAGUGGGAUUUUACCCCGAGAGUAUAAAUGGUGGCUGGGCAUCCUGGAGCCAGUGGUCGGCCUGUUCGAGGACCUGUGGUGUUGGUGUCCACAGCGCUGAAAGAGAGUGUGAUAACCCGGUUCCUAGGUACAGAGGGAAGUACUGUCUGGGAGAACGACGGAGGUACAAGAUCUGUAACACCGCACCUUGUCUUCAUAGCAUGCCCUCAUUCAGGGACAUCCAGUGUAGUCACUUCAACAGCCAGCCAUACAAGGGCAAAUUCUACAAGUGGGAGGCAGUCGUCAACACAGUCAGCCCCUGUGAACUGCACUGCCGUCCACUUAACGAGCAUUUUUCUGAGAAGAUGCGCGACGCUGUCGUUGAUGGGACGCCUUGCUAUGAAGGCAACAAAAGCCGAGAUAUAUGCAUCAACGGCAUCUGUAAGAAUAUAGGCUGCGAUUACGUGAUUGACUCCACUGUUGUAGAGGAUCGCUGUGGAGUGUGCAAUGGUAACGGCUCCACCUGUACAACUGUGAGGAGAACAUUUGAAGAAAGCGAAGGACUCGGCUAUGUAGACAUCGGGCUGAUCCCAGAGGGUUCCUGGGAUAUUCGCAUCGAGGAGUUGGCCGACGCUGGAAAUUUCUUGGCGCUGCGUGGCGACAAUCCUGGCAAGUAUUUUCUGAAUGGAGGCUGGACGAUCCAGUGGAAUGGAGAAUACAAAGCAGCUGGAACAGUAUUCACCUACGAGAGGACGGGACAGCUUGAAAACCUUACGUCUCCAGGGCCCACCACAGAGCCACUGUGGAUUCAGCUUCUCUUUCAGGAAACCAAUCCAGGAGUGAGGUACGAGUACACCAUCAAUCAAAAUGUGUCAGACGAGAACAACACCCCACUGUCAGUUUUCUACUGGAAAUAUGGUUCAUGGACUGAAUGCAGUGUUACUUGUGGAACAGGUGUUCAGAGGCAGAUUGUCUACUGUGUGGAAAAGACAACUGGGAUAGUUGAGGAGCACUUCUGUGAUCCCUUAACCCGACUUGACAACAAUCAGACCAGCUGUAAUAAGGAUCCUUGUCCAGCCAUAUGGUGGGUUGGGGAGUGGGAGAAAUGCUCAGCGAGCUGUGGAAGCUCAGGCCAAACUAAAAGGACAGUUCUUUGCAUUCAAGCAUUAAGUGCGGAGGAGCAGAAAGCCCUGGAGCCCAGUAACUGUGAACACAUCCCCAAACCUGAGUCACUAUCAUCGUGCAACACACACAUCCCCUGCCCAGCAGACUGGACCACUGGCAGCUGGUCAAAGUGUUCACUGUCUUGUGGAAGUGGAGUACGUCACCGCAAUGUUACCUGCUCUAGAAACACAGGUGCUGACUGUGACCCCCGGAAGAAACCUUUAUCCGUCACUACCUGCUACAUUCAGGACUGUCCACAGAUCGUAGAUAAUUUUGGAGGUUUCGACUGGUCUGGGAGUGGCUGGUCCAGCAAAGAAGUGCUUAAUGAAAUAAACCCCAUACCCGAAGUCAAACCUCCUCCCAAGUACAGCACCACCAGAGAUCAGCCCAGAACUGAUAAUGACCUGAACAUUGUUGAGGGAGAUUUUCAUUACCACAAUAACAUUGAAAAUAUUGAUCACUCUCAGGACAACUAUGUCCAAGUGGAUGAUUUUUACUAUGACUACAACUUUAUCAACUUUCAUGAAGACUUGUCAGACUUGUCAGAUUCGGAGGACAGUCACAGUUUGAGUUUUUCACAGGAGGCCGAGCCAACUCGCGUAGCUGCUCACAUGGAAACUACAACAGCUCCCGCAGCUACUUCAGCCAUUAUAAAGGCUAUCUCCUACACUCUGAAGGCUGAAAAUCCUCAGAACACAAGACUGAACAUUAUGAAGGACAGUAAAAAUACAGCCACAAAAGAGGUUUUGCAAGCAAAUUCUGAAAACUUGGAUGACUAUCUUUCUGAGGAUUUUCUUCUGCCUGUGUCUACCACUCACUCUCCCCUGUUGUCUACAACUCAGCAAUCACUGAAAGAGAAGCAUCGCAUCCUGUGGCUACCUGAAAACAUUAGUGAAGUACCCAGUCUGGGUUUUGCUACAAAGCACCCUUUACAGGAUGUGAAAUGGGGGCAACACGCAGAGGAGGCUGAAAAUAACUAUGACAGUUUCAGUGAGGAGGAAAAUCACACUGAGGAUGUCACCAUGACUCCAAAACAGGCUGUUUCUACUCCAAGACAAGAAAUAGCUACCAGUUCUCUUGACUCUACCACCGGGAGGGCUCAGGAAACACAGACACGCGAUAAUUAUGAAUAUAUCUCUGCAGAGCAAGAGGAUGUAGAUAGUCCAGAACGUUCAGGCCACCCCACAUCAGAAACUAUAAUUCAGGUUAAGACCGAAGUCCUUCUGGAUGAAAAUGGUUCAGAAAUACCUCAACCCAGUCAAUCAACAUUACUUUCAAGUGUCUUCACAAUGGGUCAGACUAAUUUUGAUAUAUUAUAUGACACUACCGAGAAUAAUUCCUGGGAUACCGACCUAGACCUCAGCGCGACCUCACUUCCUGCCUCUGAGAAAUCCAUUCCUCCCCCGAUAUCCCCUCUGCUAAUCUCAGGUAACAAAGAGGCCUCCACAUCAUUAACUGGAACAGCAAUCAUACCUCCUACUCAGUUUUCUCCAGCUGAUUUUCCACUGGCUACAAUGGAACGGAUACCUUCAAACUCUGCUUCCACUGAAACAACUGGAAUAUAUUCCACAUCUCAAGCUGCAUUGUUUGAUUUAGCAAAUUCUGACUACAGUGAAAUAGUCGAUCCCCCAGUGAGGAGCAUUAACAGUGAUCCUGGCCCUUCAUACCAGGUUUCAACAAGCUCAGGAGCCACUCCUCAGCGCUUCACAGCACCAGUGCAAGAUUUGGAUUCACCCACACCUACUGUGCCCUUUUUGCCAACCCAUCUACCUGCCCAAACUUCAGUCUAUGCACAGGUUACUACAGCUGCGUACUGGAUUGCUGGCAACUGGAGCGAUUGCUCCACCACCUGUGGACUGGGUGCUAUCUGGAGAACUUUAACUUGCAGUACUGGAUCACAGGCCGACUGUGAUCCCGCAAAGAGGCCCGCACCUGCCCAGAGGUGUUACCUGCGCCCGUGCUCUACAUGGAAAGUUGGAGAAUGGAGUAAGUGCUCCAAGAACUGCGAAGGCGGCAUAAAAUUGCGAGAGGUUCAGUGUUUUGACCUGAGAGAUCAAAGACCCCUGCGGCCGUUCCACUGCCGGGCCAUGUCCUCCAGGCCACAGACAAAACUUUCCUGUAACCUUCAGCCGUGUCUCGAAUGGUACACCUCCUCCUGGGGUCAGUGCUCUGAGGUGUGUGGAGGAGGUCAGCAGCAGCGUAUCGUCACGUGUCCAGAGGAGGAUCAGUGUGACAGGAAUCAUCAGCCCAGCACCAUCCAGUCAUGUAAUAGCCAUCCUUGUGAUCAGUGGCUUACUGGCUCAUGGGGACAGUGUUCAGCUUCUUGCGGAGGUGGAGUGCGGCAUCGACUUAUUAAAUGCGUCGACACCAGGGCUGAGACGGAUGGAGAAGUCGAUCAAGCUCAGUGUAACUACGAGCCGCAGCCCGAGAGCACCCAGAAGUGUAACACACAGGAGUGUGAGAGCGCCCCACCUGGCGCCGUCUGCCUUCACGAUCGGCUGACAUUUCGUUUCUGUCAGACACUUCGGUGGCUCGGCCGUUGCCGCCUCCCCAACGUGCAAGCACAGUGCUGUAAAACCUGCAGCCAGCGUUCCCGCUCCAGCACGUCUCGCAGCUAAGGUGCAGCAGACUAAACCACUCGCAAGCUUCAUCAACAGCAACACUGAUUAUGCCACUGGGUGAUGUAAUCUAAUCAUCAGUCAACAAUCUGAGCCCUAUUUCUGAACUACGGACUAAUUAAACACACUCCUUGACGCUGCAUAUUUGUGCUGAUGAAAUUAAUGUGCGGACAUGAAAUUUAUGGGAAAUGUAACAAACACAACAGUGAGACUGUAAAUAUUUGUUUGCACUUUUCAUUUUUUUAACUACACGUUUCUUUGUUACAUUAGACAUGGGAGUCUCCGACCAAUGUAGCCAGCUUUAUGUUGCAUUAUAGAUAUAGACAAACCACUCGUUUAUUUAACCUUUAUCGCGGGUACAGUGCUUUAAUUUUUUUUUUAGAUGGCAACAGAGACUGUACAAGUGAGAGCUUACAGAAUUACAGUUCUCACUGUGGUUUUACACACAGCAUCAAGUGGUACAAACGCUGUAAAGAAAAACAAUAAGUGUUGCAUAUCUGCUAAGUAUGAUUAACAAAUAGCUGACAUUUGCUGAUCCCUGUCCCCUAAAGUGUGAUUUCAGUUUAUUUCAACCAGCUAUAUUUCAAAUGAAUGUGGGUAUUUUGGCUCUCAGGUUCAUGCACACUCAUCUUUGUUGUAGCAGCCUUAUUAUGUUGUAUAAUAUGCAUUAACAUGCUCAAUAUGCAUGAAAUAUUUUCCCUGUUUUGAAAUCCUAAAGUUUUAACACAUAUUAUGAUUCCUAACUACUCACAGAUUACAAAGCAUAAAACCCUGCCUCACUGUGCUGAGGAAACAAGGCCAUAUUAGUCUUGGCAGUUUUUACUGUUGAUAAGAGGAAGAGAAAGGAGUGGGAAAAUGCCUAAUAAGGUCGUGAACAAAGAUGGCUUCCCAAAGAUCUGUGCUUGUGUUUUUGGUAUUUUUCUCCUGAAGCAUUUGAUGCAUUUAGAUGACUGAGAGAGUUCGCAAAUGCUGCUAGUUUUAAGUGAAGACUAAAACUGUAUUUUCUGCCUACAGUUUUGUCCCUGGAGGUGUCUGAACAUCCUUGAUUUUAAAAUUUUAAAAAUCAAUGAGAAGUGUCAAAGACUGGUAAUAUUCGAUGUUCUCCCUCUAAGCAGUAAACCGUCCAUUAUGGCAGUUCCCAUUGAAAACAAACCAGCAGGCAUGACCCUGAUCACUGAGGAGCCUGACAAACCUGCCAGUUUAGUCAGACUAGCAAUUCAGUGUUCAGUGUUCUCCAGAACAGAGGAUGCAGCCACUCACUCUAGAGGCAGCUGGAUGGUGGCCAGCAGAUGUGUGCAAGCUGCUAAUGUUUACACAUGUGAACAUAAAAACUGAUUUUGAUUAAAAAGUAGGGACUAUAUCGUGGCAGUGAAUGGUAGUUUCUGAAAUUAGGUAGCGGAAUAUAAUUUAUAAUGAUCUUUACAAAAAAAAAAAAAAAAAAAUGCUCUCCCCUCUGUUAGAGUGGCCUCACAAACACCAAGGAUUUUGCACCACUCUGUUAUCCUCUCCUUUAAGGAAUAUCUUUUAUGUUUCCUUGUGCUCUGGUUCAAAUUGAAAAGGUUGAACAGGAUACUUCAUUUCUCCAAACAGACCAAUCAUUUGGCCUAGACUGAAUUGUGGCAUAAACCAUGUCAGAGAGAGAGGAUUUUAAAACUAAGGCAUAUAGUUUUUGAAUGUCAGAUUUAAAUAUUAUUAAUGUUAAUGUCGUAAACUGCACAUCACUUUAUUAAUUGUACCUACUAAGUGACAGUACAAAUAAAAUUCUUGAAUUUGAUUUGUGCUGUCACUUAGUAGGUAUGUGAGGCAUCGUGCUAACCAAGCUAGCUGAUACCGUGCUAACCAAGCUAGCUAAUACCACUUCUGCUCAUUUUUGAGAUGGUUGAGGACAAAAAUAGUCUUUCAAAUUUUGAGAUUCUAGCAGUUGUGAAUAUGAGAUUUUAUAAUCCCUCUUUGGGGGACAGUUUAAGCAAACGGUCAUUUGGACUGCUAUCUGUCUGCUGCAGCCUGUAAAAAGCAUUUUGUUGUUGUAUGUUUGUCACAGUUUGGUUUUACUUUUACUUUCUGACUUUUUUUUUUAAGCCACAAAAGUAAAAUGUAAACGUGGAAAAGAAAAGCUGCAGUCAAUACUUGGUGCUAGAGGCUGCACAGGCGCCAAAACAUGUUGUAUCAGGUAUUGGCAGGCCCAGUGCCUUAUCUUCUUGAGUAUUGCAUCAUUUAAUGUCAUUUAUAUUAUGAACCUCUUGAUUGAAAUAUAAGUCAAAUUGAGCAUUUCAGUUUUUCUUAAUAAAUUAAAUGAAAUAGAGGAGCAUUAUGAUAACAUAGUGUUGUGUCAUAACACGUUAGAUUCAGAAAGGUGAAUUAAGAAUUAGUCAUACGUGGUAUUUUAAACUUUUCUAAGUGUUUUUUAAUUGUUGCCAUGUUCUGUUGUCAGAGUUCAGAAUUCAGGAACAUUACGUAUUCAUACAAAACUGUUUUCAGAAAUUGGACAGCAGCUCAGAUUUCGCAGUGCAGUGCCAUCAAAUUGUCCUUUGUUUCCUCAGGCUCUUACAUGUCUAAUGACUAAACAUGAAUGUCUUCAGUAAAGCUAUUAAGCCAGGGUAGAAGAAGGAGUAAAGGGGGAAAAAACACCACCUAUGUAUGUGCUUUUAUCAAGAAUCUCAAUGAAAGGACCAAAUUGCAUGCAGAGUUUAGUUGAACAGAGUGGCAAUGCCUUCUCUGUACUGGGUUUUUUUUUUUUAAAGGAACAGAAAAAACAUAAUUUGAAAGAAAGAAAUGUGAUUUAUUAAUUUUUUAUAUAUUUGAUAUAUCAAAAAAUUCAUACAUCAUCAGGAUGUCUGAUGAUUGCACGACCAAGGGUGAUCAUUGUGCACCCCUGCCUUUUUGAUUGCUUAUUGCUACGUAUGGCAAGUUCAUACUUUUAUUGCAGUGUAUAUACACUACUGUGCAAAAGUCUUGAGACACCCCUCAUUUCUAUAUAGUUUGUUUCCAAGGAGCCAGACUUUCCUGAUUUUUCUUUUUUUUUCUUUUUUUUUUAAAGUGGUCUCGAGCAGUAGUUCUCAGGGCUUUAUUUGGUCAUUGGCUGCUUUAUCACUCAUUUUCAGUCCAGUCCUUGUACCUGACCAUUUUUGUUUGUUGAAUCACUUGACAGAUUCAGGUGUUCAGGAGUCAUUCAAGCAUAAAAAAGGCGCCUAAAUCAUAAGAUAAACCAGUGUUGUGUCUACACAUACCGGACAACUUAGCAAAGAACCAAUUUUAAAUUGUAUCUUUAAAAUUUUUGU